GGGAAAGGACUCAGGGUUGCUAGGGGUGUGGAGCAGGGGCUGUCAGUUGGGGCAGGGAGGGGGCCUCAGCACCCUUCUAUGUCCCUAGCUGUGAGUAAAUUGCCCCUUCCCCACUUCUCUCUGUCUUCCAGGGCAGCAGGGUCUGUCUCACCUUAGACCCUGCCAGGCCAGCAGGGCCCUCAGCACAGCCCCCACUGAGGUGGGGGAGUGUGUAACAGCUGGGCUGAAGGCACUCUGCAGAUAAGGUCUAUGUCAGCAGGUGUUCAUCGUCUGGGCCAAGACCAGGGAAGGUUUGAGGGCUUUAGAGAGAGCCACAGGGUGGACACACAAAAGCCUUUUGUCUAGGCUACGGUCGUUUCCUGGAGGAUGCCCUAGAUGACCCCUUCCUGGAAGGCUUCGGAUUGGGUGCAAGGUUCAGGAACAGCCAGCCCUGGCGGGGUGGGGGUGGGGGUGGGGGGGCAUAAGUCAGAGCUGGUGGCCCCAACAGCAGGAAGAACCACUGUGCACAAAGGUUAGAUGGGACUCCAGAAAUCUCCCCUAUAAGGAAGCAGCAGCCCAGUAAUGUGAGGACACUUGGGCAUGCUCUCUGGGGUUCCAGGGUCUUCUCUCACCAUCCCAGUUAGUGGGGGAAUAGUCAUUCCUGAUCUCAGAAGUUGUGUGUGCAGUAACUAGUAAUAAAUCAUGAAUUCCAAGGAGGCUCUCAAAUCACCACCUCCCACACCCCAAGUGUCUGUAACUGUAGAGAUGGACCCUCUUCUUCCUGCCCCAAGUUUACCCACCACAGGGGAACAUCCAGGGUGAGGUCCACCCCUCCCCAACACAUAAAUACUGACAUUAAUUAUCCAUUUAAGACAAAUUUCCUCCUGUGACUUGAUGUCAUUAAGAGGUUUUCCCUUCAAAGUGAGGAUUAAGCUGUUCCUGAUAACUGGGUGAGUUCAAAGACAAAACAGUGGGACACAUCCUGGCAGAAGGUUCUUGCCUGUCCCAGCAGUACACAGGGUGUGGGAGAACUGGGAGGUGGACCAGGCCUGGCAGUACUUUGAUGACUUCCUUCUCCUCCUCCCACAGCCAGACUUGGACGGGAGGGCCUCAGGCAGCAGUCCUAGCAUCAACUCCGCCUCUGUGCUCCGCCUCCUACCUGCAAGCCCUGUGCUUCUGUCCCUCCACCUAGAUCUUCAGCUUGGGACACAUGAGGAAGCUGCGAAGGGACACAGCGCUCCAGACGCCCAGGACUGCAACCCAGAGGCUACAGCUAUGGCAGGACCUCGGCACCCGGUGUCAGUAUGUGCAGCGGCUCUGGUGGAGACCAAGAAGCUCCAGCAACACCUUCAUGCGCAGGAGCUGGGAUGAGUUCAGGAGGCUCCACAAGACCCUCAAGGACACCUUCCCAGUGGAGGCAGGCCUACUGCGGAGAUCUGACCGCGUUCUCCCCAAGUUUCCAGACGCAUCGCUGUUCAUGCACGGGGGGCACACAGGCCGAGGCCUGGUGCGUCUGCGGCUGUUGGAAUCCUAUUCACGGUCGCUGCUAGCGGCUGAGCGCAUGCCCUGUGGCCCGGCUCUUACCAGCUUUUUUUCACCGCAAACCCGGGACCUGGAGCCCAUGCUGCCACCUGGCAGCCUGGUUAUCUUGCCUGUCCCAGAAGAGCCUCUAGCUAGCCCUACGCGCAGGCUUUCCAUCUGCAACCUGGAGCCUCUGAAUCUGCAUUGUCUACAGCCCUUCAGCACCCAGGACACACAGGGCCGACCCUUCCAUGUGCAGGCCCAGGAGGCCCUAGACGUGCUGCUGCGACACCCCUCAGGCUGGUGGCUGGUGCAGAACGAAGACCAGCAGACAGCAUGGUUUCCUGCUCCCUACCUGGAGGAGGUGGCCCCAGGCCGGGGACAAAAAGGGGGACGGCCCCUAGGGAGUAGUGGGUCCCAGUUCUGUGCUUCCCGUGCCUAUGAGGGCAGCCAGGCCGAUGAGCUGACAGUGCCUGCUGGAGCGCACGUGCACGUCCUGGAAAUGUCAGAUCGUGGCUGGUGGCUGUGCAGGUUCGGUGGCCGCACAGGUCUUCUCCCCUCUGUGUUGCUGCAGCCAGAUGGGCUGGGCAUGCUCUUGAGUGGGCCAGGGCGUGGAGAGAACAGGGAAGAGGAAGCCCAAAGCUCCCCUGAGCCCUCCCAGGCCACAACUCUUCCCCCCACUGUGCCUGCCCGCCCCCCGCGGAGUGCCAUUCAGAGCCGCUGCUGUACUAUCACCCGCAGAGCACUGGGACAGGACCCCAGGGGUCAGGGACCCCCUUGAGGGUGUGUGGAACCACAUGGAAAGCUGCACUGUGCACCCCCCCAGCUGGAGCCAGAGGCCCCAGGCCCCAGGCAUGACCGAGGGCAGCCACACCACUGCCGGGGCAGAGGGGGGUGUGUUUGAGGGUGGACUCCCUGGCUGGCAGGGCCUCCCAUUUCCUCUGAGUAAAAAGCUCUUCUGAUUGACCCACACCCAGUGUCUGUGCUGAAGGGGAGGGCCUGUUGGGUCAUGGCCAGGC